AUGGCCGGAGUGUACAAAGUCCUCGAGAGUGGAGCGAAAGUGCCAUUUCUGGCAUUUGGCACAGGAACGGCACUCUACAGCCAAGAUGCUACAAAGCAAGUUCUUCAGGCCCUGCGAGCGGGCUUUCGACAUGUCGACGCGGCGCAGAUGUACGCCAACGAAGAAUCUGUUGGCAAUGCCAUUGAAGCCUUUCUCUCCACUCCCAACGAUUCUCAGUCAUCGCGCAUUCCUAGUCGAGAGGACAUUUACGUGACCACAAAGUUUCACCGCACCUCGUCUGGCUCUCGUACAGUAAAGGACGUACUCAAGGGACAGCUACGGGCGCUCAAAGUCGACCGCAUUACCAAUCCUCGACAUACACGCUCGCUAUGGGAUCCAGCUCGCUUCGUAUGGUGGUCAAACGCCUGUCUCACGCAAGCGCGAUGGACCAGUGACCCCUGUUCUCCAAGCCAUUACAAAGCGUAUGAACGAAGAGAGAAGCGCAAUCAGGCAAGCCAGCUCGGAGAGAUCAACGAAGGUCAGGUGCUACUCAAAUGGUUGGACGCCAAGAAUGCAAUAGCAGUCACAACGUCCUCAAAGUUGGAUCGUCUUCAAGGGUAUCUCGCGGUGUCAAAUAUCCCGUCGUUGAAUGAAGAGGAGGUGCACGCAAUCGAUGAGGCAGGAAUGAAGAUCCACUAUCGAACCUUUAUGAAGCACAUGGAUCAACCGAGGUAG